CGUCGAGGAACCCAUUGUCCAGUGAAGCAGCCGAGGACCCGCCGCCCGCGCCGCCGCCAUGGUUAUGUCCCAGGGCACCUACACGUUCCUCACGUGCUUUGCCGGUUUCUGGCUCAUCUGGGGUCUCAUCGUCCUACUCUGCUGCUUUUGCAGCUUCCUGCGCCGCCGCCUCAAACGGCGCCAGGAGGAGCGGCUGCGUGAGCAGAACCUGCGCGCCCUUGAGCUGGAGCCCCUUGAGCUUGAGGGCAGCCUGGCAGGGAGCCCCCCGGGCCUGGCGCCCCCGCCACCCCCUCACCGCGGCCGUCUUGAGGCGCCGGCGCACGCCCACCAGCACGUGCACGUGCACCCGCUGCUGCACCACGGGCCCGCGCAGCCACACGCGCACCCGCACGCACACCACCACGCGCUUCCGCACCCGCCGCCGCCGCACCUAUCCGUGCCGCCCCGGCCCUGGAGCUACCCCCGCCAAGCGGAAUCGGACAUGUCCAAGCCACCGUGCUACGAAGAGGCGGUGAUGAUGGCCGAGCCGCCGCCGCCCUACAGCGAGGUGCUCACGGACACGCGCGGCCUCUACCGCAAGAUCGUUACGCCCUUUCUGAGCCGCCGCGACAGCGCGGAGAAACAGGAGCAGCCGCCGCCCAGCUACAAGCCGCUCUUCUUAGACCGGGGCUACACGUCGGCUCUGCAUCUGCCAAGUGCCCCACGGCCCGCGCCGCCCUGCCCUGCGCUCUGUCUGCAGGCGGACCGCGGCCGCCGGGUCUUCCCCAGCUGGACCGACUCAGAGCUCAGCAGCCGAGAGCCACUGGAGCACGGAGCUUGGCGCCUGCCGGUCUCCAUCCCCUUGUUCGGGAGGACUACAGCCGUAUAG